AUGUUAUUGUUAAGCACUGUUAUUUAUCCAUCUAGAUGACACCAAAUGAUUGAGAAAUAACAUGAGGGAGCAGCAGUAGCUAAAAUUUAUGCAUAUGAAAACAAUAGCCACAAGAUAAGUAGGUAUAUACACACAGAGUGAUCAAUUGUUUUCUUCUCUUCGUCUUCUGAUUGCUUCUGUCUCCUUAGAUACUUUCCUCUUGGUGUCUUUCGGGUUUUAAUCUCAGAAGGAUAUAUAUUCAAAGAUUAAUUUGAUAGGUUUUACUUUUGGCUCAGCAAUUAAUUCCAGAUUCGCAAAACAAUUAUGGCGGCUGCUUCAUCAUCCACUCCAUUCUUGGGAAUCAGAGAAGAAAACUCAAGUCAGAUUACACACCAUCAACACUCCACAAUUGCUCCAACCACAGUGCCUCAAAAGAAACGGAGGAAUCAACCUGGAACACCAAAUCCAGAUGCUGAGGUGAUAGCACUAUCUCCCAAGACCCUAAUGGCAACAAACAGGUUUAUAUGUGAAGUGUGCAAUAAAGGGUUCCAAAGGGAGCAAAAUCUACAGCUUCACAGAAGAGGACACAACCUGCCUUGGAAGCUAAAGCAGAAGACUACAAAAGAGCCAAAAAGAAAGGUUUAUUUGUGUCCCGAGCCCACUUGCGUCCAUCAUGAUCCUUCAAGGGCUUUGGGAGACCUCACUGGGAUCAAGAAACACUAUUCUCGCAAGCACGGUGAGAAGAAGUGGAAGUGCGAAAAGUGCUCAAAGAAAUAUGCUGUUCAAUCUGAUUGGAAAGCACAUUCCAAGACUUGUGGCACUAGAGAAUACAGAUGUGAUUGUGGCACUCUCUUCUCUAGGCGUGACAGUUUCAUCACUCAUAGGGCCUUCUGUGAUGCGCUAGCACAAGAGAGCGCAAGGCACCCCAAUGGCUUAAACCCUUUGGGGACUAAUUUGUAUGGCGCAAACCACAUGAGUUUAGGCCUAUCUCAAGUGGGUACCCAACUUUCCCAGCUGCAAAAUCAGAACCAAACAGCCACUAACAACAUUUUGCGCCUUGGCAGUGUUGGUGGUGCAGCAAAGUUUGAGCACUUGAUCCCACCUCUAAAUCAGUCUUCAUUUGGACACUCGCCACAAUCAAUGCCUCCCUCAGCUUUCUUCAUCACUGACAAUACAAAUCAAGCAUUUGAAGAACACCAAUCACAUCAAGGACCAUUCUCAAGCAAGCAACUACAAGGCCUCAUGCAACUCCCAGAUUUUCAAGGUAACACCAAUAACUCCGAUUCUUCAUCAGUAGCUGCUCCUUCCAAUCUUUUCAACCUCAGCUUCUUUCCAAAUAGCAACAGCACUGGCACUAUAAUCACUGAUCAAUUCAACAACAUAAGUGGUAGUGACCAAGGAACAACAACAGCACUCUAUGUUAAUAACAACCCUGCAGUUAGUGAUCAAGUUGGUUCUGGUUUUUCUUCACUCUUUGGAGCCAAUUCAAUAGUGCAACAUGAAAACUUGUCAUCCCCUCAUAUGUCCGCCACCGCAUUGCUCCAAAAAGCUGCUCAAAUGGGCUCAACCACAACCCCAAACGGUUCUUCUUUACUUAGAGGAGUGUGUAGUUCCUCUAACAACAAUGGUUCCAAAUCUGAAAAUGGACAUCAUACCACCAGUCUUCAUGGGUUGAUGAACUCUAUUGCCAAUGGUGGAAACACGUCCAUGUUUGGAAACGAAAACAACCUUUUUCACAACGUGGAGGAGUCCCACAAUAAGUUGCCACAAAAUCUUAACGUAAGCUUUGGAGGGUCUGAUAAGUUGACCUUAGACUUUUUGGGUGUUGGAGGAGUGGUGAGAAACAUGAGCGGUGGAUUUUCACAAAGGGAACAACAACGUGUCAUGGGUACUAUGAGUUCUUCGGAUCCUGACCUAAAGUCAGCACAGUCAACUCAACAUUUUGGAAGGUCAACGCUGCAAUAAGGAAACGCAAGAUCAGGGGGAGAGAAAACAAAAUGCUUGUUACGUAUGUAUGAACUUGUUUAAAAGAUUGUUCUUCCUUUUAUUUUAUGAUCUUUUCCUCAAACGAAGUCUAAUUGGUAUAUUAAUUAGGGUUUCAAUUCCAAAAAUUGCAAUCCUUUUGUUUUUCUU